CGCCCGCUCCCGCCACUCGAAGAGGCGCGGUGCCACCCACUGCUCCGUCCCUCGCCCGCGCUCAGUGCCCGACCCGAUCCCGGCCGGCUCUCCCCAUCCUGCCUCUGCUUCCCGACGGCCCAAGGCGCUAUUUGCUUUCUCUCUCUUUCUCUUUCUUGCUCUGCGAGCGCGGAGAGGGGGGGAAGAGGAGGAGGAAUUCUUUCCCCGCCUAACAUUUCAAGGGACACAAUUCACUCCAAGUCUCUUCCCUUUCCAAGCCUCUUCCGAAGUGCUCCCGGUGACCGCAACUCCUGAUCCCAAACCGAGGGGGAGCCUCUCCAGCGUCCGACCCUCUUUUUCUUCGCCUUCGCUUUCCUGCUCCUCUCGCUACCUCCACCUCCACUGCCACCUCCACCUCCGGCACCCACCCACCGCCGCCGCCGCCACCAGCAGCGCCUCCUUCUCUCCUCCUCCUCCUCCCUCUGCUCUCUUUUGGCAGCCGCUGGACGUCCGGUGUUGAUGGUGGCAGCGGCGGCAGCCUAAGCAGCAGCAGCCCUCGCAGCACGCCCGCUCUCGCUCCCCCUGCCUCGGUCUCCAGCCCUAUCACCCCGUCUCCCGAGAGGUACCGGGCGGAUUCGGGGCGGCCGAGGCCAAGCGGCUGCAGCGGCGGUAGCGGCGGCGGCGGCAGCGGUAGCGGCGGCGGCGGCGGCGGGAGGCAGGAUGAGCGCACGCGGUGAGGGCGCCGGGCAGCCGUCCACUUCAGCCCAGGGACAACCUGCCGCCCCGGCGCCUCAGAAGAGAGGACGCGGCCGACCCAGGAAGCAGCAGCAAGAGCCAACCGGUGAGCCCUCUCCUAAGAGACCCAGGGGAAGACCCAAAGGCAGCAAAAACAAGAGUCCCUCCAAAGCAGCUCAAAAGAAAGCAGAAGCCACUGGAGAGAAACGGCCAAGAGGCAGACCUAGAAAAUGGCCACAACAAGUCGUUCAGAAGAAGCCUGCUCAGGAGGAGACUGAAGAGACAUCCUCACAAGAGUCUGCAGAAGAGGAUUAGGGGCCGCCAACGUACGAUUUCUACCUCAGCAGCAGUUGGAUCUUUUGAAGGGAGAAGACACUGCAGUGACCACUUCCCCUCUAUCGGCAUGGUCUUUCCACUUUCAUCUGGGGG